UAAACCUCCGUCCCGCUCCCGUCUCCCCCAAUCAGAGAGUAAACUAAGCAAUGGGUUUCGGAGCCAUAAGAUCCGUCGCCCGACCCGUUUCCAGAGCCCUAUUCUCUUACCGGAAUAUCUUCGCCGUUUCAUCGGCGACGUCUCCUUCCAUCUUUCCCUCCCUGUCGCCGGAGCUCCGGUCGCUCUUCCGCCCUAAGCUGCCAUGGAUCCCGCCGUCCAGCGCCUUCCACAGCUUAACGGACACCCGGUAUCCGAAGCGAAGACCAAGCGAGUCCCGGCGUAAAAGACCAAUCCCCAAACCUCCAGGGCCGUAUGCUGUGGCUAGGCGAUUGCCCCAUGACCCAAAACCUCCAAAGAACCCCAAUGAAGGGAGUGUGAAGCGGAGGAAUGAGAAGAAGAGAAUUAAACUGCACAAGGCGUUUAUUUUGUCUGAAAAGAAAAAGCGCAAGGCUCUGGUGCAGGAAGCCAAAAAGAAGAAACUAAUUAAAAGAGUUGAGCGCAAGAUGGCUGCAGUAGCAAGGGAAAGGGCAUGGGCCGAACGACUAGCUGAGCUGCAGAAGCUCGAGGAAGAGAAGAAGGCGGCUGUCAUGGCUUAAACAUUCUGUUUACUUGAAUCUCUUAUGUCAGCCAUAAUUCUUUUGCUCUUCUCCGAUCAGGGGUUAUAGGUCUCGACGUUGUCUUCUGUGUUUGCUUCUUUGCAACCUUCCACAGCUCAGUCUGUAUGGACUUAUGGUCUCCUGUUGUCCUGAACCUUUUGGUUCGAUGCCUUUUGUUUGUUAUUAGAAUUAUCAAGUGGAAGAUUAUGCACUGAAUUUAUACCUUGUCAAAACAUGUUCUGCUUAGCUAUGGCCAAUUGUUAUUGCCAAUGGUCCAUGGACCUUGCAUUUGCAUUAA